GCGUCCUCGUCGGCUCUCAUUGUGAGGGAAGAGUUAUAAACCAAUAGGCUCUGUUUCUCUCUCUCUCACGCAGACAUGCAGAAAAUGAAGAACCGGAGCGCUGGAAAAAUCUCCGCCCAAUGGAUUCCCGUUUUCUGCGCCUUUUCCUUCCUUAUUGGCAUUCUCAUCAGCGGCAGGACGUGGGCCCCACCGGAAUCUAACGGUCAGCUCAUGCACCGGCGGCGACAGGAGCAAGAGUUGCUAGCUGUUUCCACCGACGAUUUUGCAACCAAAACGAAACCAGCAGCGGAUAGCGAUGUAACGGAGAGAGUUUACAGAACCCAGGAAGCACUUCAAUCCCUAGACAAGCAGAUAUCGAUGCUGAAUAUCGGGUUAUCGGCGACUCGGAAUUCUCGGGAAAUGGGGAUCCCCGAAGGCUCUGCUUCCACCUCUUCGUUUCCCACUGAGAGGAAGAAAGUGUUCAUGGUCAUUGGAAUCAACACUGCUUUCAGUAGUAGGAAGCGACGUGAUUCGGUGAGAGAGACUUGGAUGCCGCAAGGUGAAAAGCUUGUCCAAUUGGAGCAGGAGAAGGGAAUCGUGAUACGGUUCAUGAUUGGCCACAGUGCAACAUCCAACAGCAUCUUAGAUCGAGCUAUUGAUUCAGAAGAAGCUCUGCACAAAGACUUUAUUAGGCUGGAGCACGUUGAAGGGUAUCAUGAGUUGUCUGCAAAAACAAAAAUGUUCUUUGCCAGUGCGGUGGCAACAUGGGAUGCGGACUUCUAUAUCAAGGUGGAUGAUGAUGUCCAUGUCAAUUUGGGUAUGCUAGCUACGACUCUUGCCCGUCACCGUUCAAAACCUAGAGUCUACAUUGGGUGUAUGAAAUCUGGACCGGUUCUUUCUCGAAUGGAUGUCAAGUAUCAUGAGCCAGAGUACUGGAAAUUUGGAGAAGAGGGGAAUAAAUACUUCCGACAUGCAACUGGGCAGAUAUAUGCAAUCUCAAAGGAUCUAGCCACAUACAUUUCUAUCAACCAGGCUAUAUUGCAUAAGUAUGCCAAUGAAGAUGUGUCACUUGGCUCGUGGUUUAUUGGUCUUGAAGUUGAGCACAUUGAUGACCGCAAUAUGUGCUGCGGGACCCCUCCAGAUUGUGAGUGGAAGGCACAGGCAGGCAAUGUUUGCAUUGCAUCAUUUGAUUGGAGCUGCAGUGGAAUCUGCAAAUCGGUGGAGAAGAUCAAGUAUGUUCAUUCAAAGUGUGGUGAAGGGGAUGGAGCUGUUUGGAGCGCUUUGUAUUGAAUCAAUUUAAGGGUGAGGAGGAUCUUCCUUAAGCAGACAAGGAUUCUGAAAAAUUUUCAGUGAGAGGCAGCUUAGGGCAUUAAAAUGAUGAAAGUUGUGGAUAUAUCUAUGAUACACAACUUCAGCCAUGUAAGUGCUGGUGAGCAAGAUGUGGUCAAAAAGUUAUAUGGAAGCUGUUCAUUUGUACACAAUCUCUGUAUUCUUAAAUAGUUUUUUUUUUUCCCUAAGGAUUAAAAUGUAACAUCAUGGGAUGGGUCUCAUAUGCACACUAUGCUCAGUGAGUAGCCCCAUGAGUAGGAGCAAAUUGCUAUUAGUUGUUGGUUCUUUGUACUGAUGUUUCUUCUGUAGUGAAAAUCAAAAAUCGCAUUGCUUUCUAGUUUUGU